CCAUGCGCAUCCUACCCCCUGCAGUGGUUGUCAUACUAUCAGAGUCAACUGCAUCACACACCACCACAGAAUGAUGCAGUGUAGCUCCGCAUCCAUCUCGUAUCCGUUGGAUUCUGCCCAGUGCCAGCGUCAGAGGAACCUUCUUCUUCCACCCUCGGUGAUGAGGUCGCCAGAGCCGACGCGGUCUACAUCAGCACUUAUACAUCAUCACCUCCAGGCAGCCGCGAUACUGACAAUGACCCCCCCCUUCGAAUUGCGAAGAUCCAGCAUGGCGGAGACGGUCAUUCCCACCACCAUCCCCACCGUCACCGGGCAGGAAAUCGCGGCCAUCCAAGAUGUGCUCCGCACGCGCACCCUCACCGGCAAGGGCAAAUACACGGUGCUCUGCCAGCGCUGGCUGGAAUCCUCCAUGAUCGGUGGUAAGGCCUUUGUCCUCAGCUCGUGUACCUCCGCGCUGGAAAUUGCCGCCCUCCUGGCCGACCUGCAACCCGGCGAUGAAGUGAUCGUGCCGAGUUACACCUACGUAUCCACGGUGAAUGCCUUUGUUGUUCACGGGGCGGUGCCGGUCUUUGUUGAUCUGGACGAUGCGACCAUGAACAUCGAUGCGCAGCGCAUCGAAGCUGCCAUUACCCCCCAGACCAAGGUGGUCGUGCCCGUCCACUAUGCCGGGAUUGCCUGUGACAUGGACACGAUUCUGGCCAUCGCCGACAAGCAUGGCCUGCUCGUCGUCGAGGAUGCCGCCAUGGCCUGCGGAGGCACGUACCAGGGCCGGGCGCUCGGGACCAUCGGCCAUCUCGGCUGCAUCAGCUUCCAAGAGAAAAAGGUCUUCACCAGCGGCGGGCAGGGAGGAGCCCUGCUCAUCAACCAGGAGUCGCUGGCUGCCCGGGCUGAGAUCAUUUACGAACAUGGCACCAAUCGGGGGCAGUUCCUCCGCGGCGAAGUGAACGUCUAUCGCUGGCUAGAUGUCGGCAUCAACGCCACGAUGAGCGAGAUCCAGGCCGCAUUUCUGUAUCCGCAGCUGCAAGCCGCCCCGGACAUCCUGGCGCAUCGCCGACACCUCUGGACGCGCUAUCACCAGCGUCUGGCACCGCUGGCCCAGACGGGGGUGAUCCAGCUACCCCAGGUGCCGGAGGGAGCCAUCCACAACGCAGUGAUCUUCUGGCUUCGCCUCACCGACGCCUCUCGCCGACCCGAGUUCAUCCGACACAUGGCCGCCGGGCAGGUCUGCACCCAGGCGCAAUUCGUGCCGCUGCACUCCUCGCCGUUCGGCCAACAGGUCGGGCGCUUUCACGGCGAGGAUCGGGUGACUACGCGUGCUGCCGCGGAGAUUGUCUUGCUGCCGCUGUACUCGGAGCUGACGGAGACGAGCCAGGAGGUGGUCAUCCGGCGGGUGCUGGCCUUUUGGGAUGAUGCCAGGCCGUCGGAUGGGAUUCCGGGAUUGGGGUCUUAGAGUGAGUCUAGAUGACAUGAAAAUGAACUUCCUUAUUGGUUUAGUGGAUAAUGCAGCUGGGAUAUCUUGAAGCGGUGUCAUGAAAGCUUUUCCUCUCGCCAGUCGGGGGCGCAUAUAUAUCCUUGUGGGAGGCCUUUCUAGGGCUACCCAGAAACAUACUCCCCAGCAAUCGCCAUGCUAGCGAGCACAU